GCCGAAGCUCCAAUCGUCUCUUGGGACAGAGCAAGCAAUCGCAAUAAGAACGGAGUACACCAUUUCCAAGGGAGCUUCAUAUUUUAUGCCAUAAGUUAGAACGAAGGAGAAUAUAUCAGCUUCAUUUGCUUUUUGGGAAGACACCGUUGUCUUUAUAACCAGCCUUUCUCCACUCGCCGGCACCUACGUAAGAGGAGACACGGCAUCAGGACAGGUCGUCACCAUCGUUAGGACACAUUUCAGACUUAGCUGAGCCAAUACAACCUUUAUCUUCCAUUUAGUCUCGAAUCCGAUAGCUUCUCUGCGGUUGCACUCCGACUCAGCACGAACCACAAUGUUCAACAGAGACAACCUCUUUGGCAAACCUCCGAACGCUGGGAGAGAACGACAGCCAAGUGGACCCCCGGGUCAGAGAAAUAGCCCUCACGACACACAGAUGGGCGGUUACGAGGACCCACGAGGAAACUACGGAGGUGGCGGCCAGCGCGGACCGCCACCACCAGGGCCAGGAUACCCUUCCCCUCAACAAAACCGAGGGAUGCCCCAGAGGACUGCAGUUGGACGAAAUGCUGGCAUCUCGAAGCAGCUGCAGCUCGGAAAGGUCGAGGAUAAGACUACGCAGGAUAGAUAUGUAUAUGGCAACAUAACGGCGGUGUCGCCCCAGGAUUUCCCUCCUAGCCAGGAUGGAGGCGAUUUAUAUAUUCUCGUUAACCGCACUCAUGUUGUUACCGCGAGGCCUACGGCUGGUUUCCCCCCUGGGUUAAUCGGAUUAACUGGGCCACAACGAUCAUGGUGCGGGAUCAGUCUCACGGAGACUGUUUUGGCCGAGCUCUACGAUCCGUUUGGAGAGCAAGGAGGACAAAGUUACCUGGCUGCGAUGGAUGUCGAGAUUGGGUUUGCGGCGAGAAAGACCACGGAAACUCCAUACGAUCAAGAUAUGUUGGAAGCUUACUUCAACAAGCUAUUUGGGAACCAAGUCUUCGCCCCCGGACAACAGCUGGUGAUGGACCACAAGGGAAUUGUGCUGAGUCUUAAAGUCAAGACGGUGCAGCUCGGUAACCUUGGCAUGGAGAAGCCCACAGCGUCCUCGGGACAGGUGGUUUCGAACCCUCAAGCACGCGGUAUUCUGACUACACAGACCAACAUCACUUUUUACAAGGAUGCAAGCUCGCCGAUCAAGAUAAAGGCUUCGGCAAAGAAGCCACCGGCGAACUCUAUCAUUGCGCCAGACUUCAAGUUUGAGGAUAUGGGAAUUGGUGGAUUGGACGCUGAGUUCGGCGCCAUUUUCAGGAGAGCGUUCGCCUCGCGCAUUUUCCCCCAGGGUCUGAUCGAGAAGUUGGGCAUUCAGCACGUGAAGGGCAUUCUUCUGUUUGGGCCCCCCGGAACCGGAAAGACCCUGAUCGCUCGUCAAAUUGGAAAGAUGUUCAACUCCAGGGAGCCGAAGGUCAUUAAUGGUCCUGAGGUCUUGAAUAAAUUUGUCGGUCAAUCAGAAGAGAAUAUCCGAAACCUCUUCGCUGAUGCCGAGAAAGAAUACAAGGAGAGGGGUGAUGAGAGUGAGCUUCACAUUAUCAUUUUCGACGAACUUGAUGCUGUAUGCAAGCAGAGAGGCUCUGGUGGCGGUGGCGGCACUGGUGUUGGCGACAGUGUUGUCAACCAGCUGCUUGCCAAACUUGAUGGUGUGGACCAGCUCAAUAAUAUUAUCCUGAUUGGUAUGACCAACCGAAUGGAUAUGAUUGAUGACGCCCUGCUUCGUCCUGGACGUCUGGAAGUUCACAUGGAGAUUUCCCUACCCGAUGAAUCCGGCAGACAGGAUAUUCUCAACAUCCACACGAUGAAGAUGCGCGAUAACCAUGUCAUGGACAACGAUGUCAAUCUGGCCGAGCUUGCCGCCCUCACCAAGAACUUUUCGGGUGCGGAAAUCAGUGGACUUGUCAAGUCAGCCUCCUCAUUCGCCUUCAACCGUCACGUCAAGGUCGGCACUGUCGCCGGCGUUAGCGAUGAUAUCGAAAACAUGAAGGUCAACCGCAACGAUUUCUUAAGCGCGCUAGGCGAAGUAAAGCCAGCCUUUGGUGUCUCUGAGGAAGAACUCAGCACAGCUGUUCGCGGAGGUAUCCUGCGUUACAGCCCACACAUCGACUACAUUCUCCAAGACGGCGAGCUCUUCGUCAACCAGGUCCGCAACUCCGCUUCGGAACCACUCCUCUCGGUCCUCCUACACGGCCCAUCGGGAUCUGGCAAGACCGCUCUGGCAGCGAAGAUCGCCAUGGAAUCCGAAUUCCCCUUCAUUAAGCUCAUCUCCCCUGAAAACAUGAUCGGCUUCAACGAAAUGGCCAAGAUCCAGUACCUCAACAAGGUCUUCUCCGACGCCUACAAGUCGCCCCAGAACAUCGUCAUCAUCGAUAACAUUGAGCGUAUCGUCGACUGGGUGCCUAUCGGCCCACGAUUCUCCAACCUCGUCCUGCAGACUCUGAUGGUCUUGCUAACGAAGCAGCCACCCAAGGGCCGCCGUCUUCUAAUCAUUGGCACCACAACCCAGCGCUCCAUCCUCCACCAACUCGACCUCGCCGCGAGCUUCGAUCGCGAGAUGGCCGUACCGAACGUGAACACGAUCGAGGAGCUCGAGAGAAUCUGCCAAGAGACAGUCGCCUUCGACUCGCCAAUCGAGCUGCAGCAGAGUCUGAGUGUGCUGCGCGAUACUUGCGGUUCCGGCUCAGUCGGCGUGGGUAUCAAGCGUGUGUUGCUUGGUAUUGAGACUGCGAGACAGACGACGGGUAUGGAGAGGGUGAAUAGGUUUGCGGAGGUCAUCUCGAGUAUGAGGGCCAGUGGGGUGAUGGAAUAAUUAUGGGGGGUAAUAACAGAAAUGGUAUUGAUGAAAUGGGUUCAGCUAGCGCAUGGACGUUGGGAGACCAAGGACGGGGAGAUGGAAAGUGCUGUAGAUAAAAAUAAAUUAUCAGGAUAGACUCCAGACGCUAAAAUUUACCGCCUUUCAUUC